AUGUCUUUUCACAGUGAUUUGAGGCAGCUACUCAAGCCUUACUAUUGGAUAAAUAUUUUACUCAGCCUAUCAUACGUAACAUGCAAGAGGACCGGAGUCAUUUGCAACUUCCUAUUUCCCGAGGCGGACUGCGAGCUAGACAGCCGCGAGACGGAAAUACUAUUCUUCUUAAUCAUUGUUGUAAUGUUGAGGACGAGGAAGGCGGGAAGCGUGACGAUGGUUAAUUAUUUGUCGGCUUCUUUCGUCUACACGAAGAUCGCAAACCUAAUACUUUGGCUCUACGCCGAUGUAAGGUAUGGCCUUCCAUAUGGGGCAAUCUUAGUCUUAUCUGCUCUUCUACUCCCGGAGCCAACUUACUCCGGUCCAGAGCAUGUCACCUAUUUCCGGGGCCUCCAGACCCUAGAAGAUGAACUUAAACAUCACAGGAAUGUUACCUGGAUUGUGUGCCUGUAUGCUGCAUGGCAUCCAGCCUGUGUCAACUUUGCACCAGUAUUUGCUGAGCUCUCUGCCAGCUAUGGAUUGGACAAUUUAAAAUUUGGAAAGGUUGACGUAGGCAGAUACCCAGAAGCUGCCGCAAAGUACAGGGUACAGGAUGGCCCCACUAGCAGACAGCUGCCCACUGUCCUUAUCCUAAGCGAAGGUCAGGAGAAGAUGAGGAGGCCCCAACCCGAUCACAGCGGCAAGCUACAAAAAUUCCUGUUCUCGAAAGACAACGUGAAGGCAGCCUUCGACCUGGACGGCCUUCACCAAGAGUGCAAAGAGAAACUUGCCACGGCGAAGUCCACUAAGAAAACUGAAAAGACCGAG